CAGAAAAAGAAGGCGGUCAUGGGCGGCAGAAACGGACAUUUUCAAGCCCAGUGGCCCAUCGCUCCAGGGGUUCGCCCAUUGACUACACUAGCCACAUAUGCCGCCACAGCCUUGCCGCCCCUCCACCACUGCUCAAGCGUCGCCAACUACUUUUUUUUUUUCACUUGAUCUUAUCGGACUCCCCGCCAAUCUACGAUACGAUCAUCCAUCUUCUCUCAAACAAAAACCACAUCAGCAACAAUGGCAAAGAGUGCCCGUGCAAGCUCCAGAAAGGCCAACAACCAGCGCCUGGCCGCCAAUGUCUUUGGUCCGGUCGAGGCUGCUCGUGCGGAGCGCCUCCACGCCAAGCUGCUCGAGUUGGCCAAGCAGCCCAAGCCCGAGUCCUCGGAUAUCGCCAUGGACGCCGCGGAAGGUUCCGCUGACGCCGACAAGGAGGACAAGGCCGAAGGCGAUGAGACCACCAUGGAUGUAGAUGCGAAGCCUUCCAAGGCGCGCAUUGGCAAGAAGCGUGUUGACAAGAGGAGAGUCAAGAAGGCCGGCAUUGUCUUCCGAAAGUACAGUGACCGAAUCGCGGCCAAGAAGAAGAAGGCUGCUUCUUCAACAUCAGCAGCGACGGCUUAACUUUUUAUUAUUGUUCAAGGUCUCAUUGUUUAGCAAAUAUGAAUUUCAUCCGUGAUACCCUACAUCACAAUCCCAGAUA